AUGGAGGCGAACGGUGGUGAUUCGUCGGAAAUAGUCCGGGAAUUGGAAGAGUUGAAGCUCAGGAAGGCGGAAAUUGAGCACCGUAUAUCGACCCUCGAAGCAAAGCUCCAUGAGACGGCGGCGGUUGAACGCUUAGACGCUGCCGUAUCGAACGGUUACUCCUCUCCGGCGGCGAUUGAACACGGGCUUGACCAUGGAUUAUCUCCGGAUCAGAUUUACCGUUACAGUCGCCAAUUGUUACUCCCUUCGUUUGGCGUUGAAGCUCAAUCAAAUCUGUUGAAGUCUUCGGUAUUAGUCAUCGGAGCUGGAGGUCUAGGUUCACCGGCGUUAUUGUAUCUUGCAGCUUGUGGUGUUGGUCGGUUGGGGAUUAUCGAUCAUGAUGUUGUAGAACUCAACAAUAUGCACAGACAGAUUAUACACACUGAAGCAUUUAUUGGUCAUCCCAAAGUCAAAUCUGCUGCUUCUGCUUGUCGCUCAGUAAACUCGACAAUCAAAAUUGAUGAACACGUGGAAGCUCUCCGCACAUCCAAUGCUUUGGAAAUCCUCAGCCAAUAUGAUAUCAUAGUAGAUGCAACCGACAAUCCUCCAAGUCGUUACAUGAUCAGCGAUUGCUGUGUCCUGCUAGGAAAGCCUUUGGUAUCAGGUGCUGCACUUGGAAUGGAAGGGCAGCUUACGGUGUAUAAUCACAAUGGAGGUCCGUGUUACCGUUGUCUAUUCCCCACUCCUCCACCUACAUCAGCGUGCCAAAGAUGUUCUGAUAGCGGAGUUCUUGGAGUAGUUCCUGGUGUUAUUGGUUGUCUACAAGCGCUAGAGACGAUUAAACUCGCGAGCAUGGUGGGAGAGCCACUCUCUGAACGGAUGCUUCUUUUCGAUGCUUUAUCAGCAAGAAUCCGCAUUGUUAAGAUCAGAGGCAGAUCAUCCCAGUGCACAGUUUGUGGAGACAAUUCAUCUUUCGAUAAGCAUCAGUUCAAGAACUUUGACUAUGAGGACUUCACCCAAUUUCCUUUAUUUGCGGGGUCGUUGAAGCUACUUCCCAAAGAAUCAAGAAUUAGCAGCGAGGAGUUUAAAGAGAUCCUUCAAAAGAAGGAACGGCAUAUUCUUCUGGAUGUUCGACCUUCUCAUCACUAUAAGAUUGUCUCUCUCCCGGAUUCACUCAACAUCCCUCUUGCAAACUUGGAGUCUCGGUUAAACGAGCUGACUUCAGUUCUGAAAGAGAAGGAAGACGUUAAUGCGGAAACCGGACCUUGCACAAGUCUCUACGUUGUUUGCAGACGCGGGAACGAUUCACAGAGAGCUGUUCAGUAUCUUCGUGAAUCGGGAUUUGAUUCAGCUAAGGACAUUAUCGGAGGACUCGAGGCUUGGGCAGCCGAUGUCAACCCCAACUUCCCCACCUACUAG